AUGGGAGACCGCCAACUCUCUGUUCGAAAGUCUUGCCACGAGCAAGACUUUCAUCCGCAGUCUUCCACCAUUCACUCCCACGCUGAUAUUCGAGAAACUGCGAAGCCGGGAAAGCGCAAGGCCUCCGGGGACGAAGUUGUUCGGCCAGAGAAGAAGAUCAUGACUGACGGCAAGAUGCAACUUGACAACCCACAGGAAACUGUGGAGUUGAUCAAGCAAGGUGAGAUCGAUGAAUCGCUAUACAGCCGGCAACUCUAUGUCCUUGGACAUGAGGCCAUGAAGCGCAUGGGCUCGUCGAACGUCCUGGUUGCUGGACUGAAAGGCUUGGGUGUUGAGAUUGCCAAAAACAUUGCCCUCGCUGGCGUCAAGUCCCUCACUCUGUUUGACCCUGCUCCCGUUGCUAUCUCCGAUCUCUCUUCGCAAUUCUUCCUCCAGCCACAGGAUGUGGGCAAGCGCCGCGCAGAUGUGACGGCUCCCCGGGUCGCAGAGCUGAACUCAUAUGUGCCCGUCACUGUUUUCGAAUCCGACAGCCUGACUGCGGAUCUUUCCAAGUUGAAGCGGUUCCAAGUGGUCGUCCUCACCAACACGCCGCUGAAGGAUCAACUCGCGAUCGCAGACUUCUGCCACGCGAAUGGAAUCUACAUCGUCAUUACAGAUACCUUUGGUCUUUUUGGAUACCUCUUCAAUGACUUUGGAAAGAACUUUACGGUUGGUGACACCACGGGCGAGGAGCCGGUCAGCGGCAUCGUAGCCGAUAUCGACGAGGAUGGCCUGGUGUCCGCCUUGGACGAGAGCAGGCAUGGCUUGGAAGACGGCGACUACGUCACUUUCACUGAGGUCAAAGGCAUGGAGGGGCUUAACAACUGCGCCCCUCGUAAGGUGACUGUCAAGGGACCUUACACGUUCUCAAUUGGGGAUGUCUCUGGUCUAGGCAAGUACCAAGGAGGUGGUAUUUUCACCCAGGUGAAGAUGCCCAGGUUCAUAGAUUUCCAGCCGCUCCGGGAGCAGCUCAAGAAACCAGAGCUCAUGGUAUCCGACUUUGCCAAGUUUGACCGGCCUCAGCAACUGCACAUUGGCGUCCAGGCUCUUCAUCACUUUGCCGAGGCUCACAAUGGAGAGUUCCCUCGCCCUCAUAAUGAGGCUGAUGCCGAGGAGGUUCUCAAGAUUGCCAAGGAUCUUGCCGCACAAGGCGAGGAGAAGGUUGAGCUGGACGACAAACUCAUCAAGGAGCUCAGCUACCAGGCUCGGGGAGAUCUCAAUCCUCUGGCCGCAUUCUUUGGCGGUCUGGCCGCUCAGGAAGUCCUGAAGAGCGUUUCUGGGAAGUUUAACCCCGUCGUUCAGUGGCUCUACUUCGACUCGUUGGAGUCGUUGCCAGAAUCCGUCACUCGUUCGGAGGAGACCUGCAAGCCCCUUGGCACUCGUUAUGACGGCCAGAUUGCAGUCUUCGGAAAGGACUUCCAGGAGAAAAUUGCCAACGUCAAUCAAUUCCUGGUUGGUGCGGGAGCCAUUGGCUGUGAGAUGCUCAAGAACUGGGCCAUGAUCGGUCUCGGAACCGGGCCUAAGGGUAAGAUCCGUGUAACCGACAUGGACCAGAUUGAGAAGAGCAACCUCAACCGGCAGUUCCUGUUCCGCAGCAAGGAUGUUGGCAAGCUCAAGAGUGAAUGUGCCUCUGCCGCGGUCCAGGCCAUGAACCCAGAACUGAACGGGAAGAUAGUCACCCUCCGGGACCGGGUUGGACAGGACACGGAGGAUAUCUUCAACGAGCAAUUCUGGGAAGAGCUUGAUGUUGUGACGAACGCUCUGGACAACGUCGAUGCGAGAACCUACGUUGACCGGCGCUGUGUCUUCUUCCGGAAGCCAUUGCUGGAGAGCGGAACGCUAGGUACUAAGGGCAACACGCAAGUCGUCCUGCCCUAUGUGACGGAGUCCUACUCGAGCUCUCAGGAUCCUCCCGAGAAGUCCUUCCCUAUGUGCACGUUGAAGAGCUUCCCCAACCGCAUCGAGCACACCAUUGCCUGGGCACGAGAUCUGUUCGAGACGUACUUCGUUGGUCCUCCGGAAGCCGUCAAUCAGUACCUCUCCCAGCCGAACUACAUUGAGCAGACGCUCAAGCAGGCUGGUAAUGAGAAACAAACUCUGGAGCAUCUUCGAGACUUCCUGGUGACGGACAAGCCGCUCAGCUUCGACGACUGUAUCGUCUGGGCUCGCAAUCAGUUCGAGAAGCAGUUUAACCAUGCGAUCCAGCAGCUCCUGUACAACUUCCCUCGUGACUCCAAGACCUCUACCGGCCAGCCUUUCUGGUCGGGUCCUAAGCGGGCGCCCACACCGCUCAAAUUCGACAGCUCGAACCCAACUCACCUAGGGUUUAUCAUUGCGGCGGCCAAUCUCCACGCGUACAACUACGGAAUCAAGGCACCUACCACAGACAAGGACUACUACCGGAAAGUGGUUGACAACGUGAUCAUUCCCGACUUCACCCCCAGUGACAAGGUCAAGAUUCAGGCGGAUGAAAACGAGCCCGAUCCAAACGCUCAGCCAUCAGGGACGUCUUUCGACAACGAGGAAAUCCAGCGCCUCAUUGCAUCCCUGCCGUCGCCGAAGGACCUGGCUGGUUUCCGUCUGGUGCCUGUAGAGUUUGAGAAGGACGACGAUACCAACUUCCACAUUGACUUCAUCACGGCGGCCAGCAACCUGCGCGCAGAGAACUAUGACAUUCCGCAGGCUGAUCGGCACAAGACCAAAUUCAUUGCUGGCAAGAUCAUCCCGGCCAUUGCGACCACGACCGCUCUCGUGACCGGUCUCGUCAUUCUUGAACUGUACAAGAUUGUUGAUGGCAAGAAGGACAUUGCGAAGUACAAGAACGGUUUCGUCAAUCUGGCGCUGCCGUUCUUCGGGUUCAGCGAGCCUAUUGCUAGUCCCAAGGGCAAGUAUCUCGGCAAGAAGGGUGAAGUGACGAUCGACAAGCUCUGGGACCGCUUCGAGGUGGAUGACAUUACACUUCAGGACUUCCUGAAGUACUUCUCCGACCUCGGCUUGGAGGUGACCAUGGUCAGCUCCGGAGUCAGCUUGCUGUAUGCCAGCUUCUAUCCACCGUCGAAGCUUAAGGAUCGUUUGCCAUUGCGGAUGAGCCAGCUGGUCGAGCACAUCAGCAAGAAACCGAUCCCGGAGCAUCAGAAGAACGUCAUCUUCGAGGUCACUGCGGAGGACCAGACGGAGGAGGACGUGGAGAUUCCAUACGUGAUGGUGAAGCUGAGGAAGUUCCAGAGUCGUCGCACCCCUGCCAUAAUCCUUGCCACUGCUACUCCCGCUGUAAAGAUCAUGUCGGCCAGCAACAACGACCUGAAAAUCACCGACUGGGUGCAUCCAAACGACAAGUCGGGCGAGUUCAAGCGCGGCCAGUCCGUCUUCCGGAACUGGAUCUCUAGGGAGCCUGGUGCGGAGUUUCCUCCCGAGAAGGGGCGGUAUCAUCUUUAUGUGUCGUAUGCCUGUCCGUGGGUGGCUAAUAAUGCUGAAUUUCAACACAGCGCACCGAACACUGAUUACCCGGAAGCUCAAGGGCCUAGAGGAUAUCAUCCCCGUGACAUGUGUGCAUUGGCAUAUGGAAGAGAAGGGUUAGUAGGAUUUCCUUUACGAUUCGGUGAAAUUCGCUUCUUAAUAAUGAUUGUAUGUAUUCCAGGCUGGCGAUUCGUCACUCCCGACGAGAAACUCCCCGGAGAGGACGUCAGGCCUGACCCCGUACACCCGAAUUUCACCCAUCUCCGAGACAUCUACUUCUCCGUCGAUCCGGAGUAUAAGGGCCGGUUCACGGUGCCGACGUUGUACGACACGAAGACGCAUCGGAUUGUCAAUAAUGAGAGCUCCGAAAUCAUCCGCAUGUUCUACUACGAAUUCGACGACCUUCUUCCAGAGAAAUACCGGCAGGUGGACCUCUUCCCCUCGCCGCUGCGCAAGGACAUCGAAGCGACCAACGAGUGGACCUACAACGACGUGAACAACGGGGUGUACAAGGCCGGUUUCGCAACGACGCAGGAAGCCUACGAGCGGGCGGUGCGCGCCUUGUUCGCAGCACUGGACCGGAUCGAGGCGCAUCUCGCCUCGCGCCAGGCAGACGGUCACAUAUACUACUUUGGCACGGGCAUCACCGAGGCGGACAUUCGGCUGUACACGACCAUCGUGCGCUUCGACGUCGUCUACGUCCAGCACUUCAAGACCAAUCUCCGCGACAUUCGCUCCGGGUAUCCGGCCAUCCACCGCUGGCUGCGCCAUCUGUACUGGGACGUGCCGGCGUUCCACGACACGACGGAGUUUGAGCAUAUCAAGAAGCAUUAUACCAAGAGCCAUAAGCAGAUCAAUCCGUUUUCGAUCACGCCUGUGGGGCCGGUGCCGGAUAUUUUGCCUAAGGAUGAGGAGGUUAAUGCUGUUGUGGCUGCAAGGAAAUAG